CUCCAUCGCUGAACAUCAGAAGUAACUCUCUCGCUACGGUUACUACUGCAUCUUCGAUCGUACUUGGUCAUUAAUAUCAACAACUUCCAUCGCUACCGCUCAUCAACUCUCGUUGCCAAUAUGAUGAAGGUCUACGCCCUCGCUCUUGCAGCUUCUGCUGCCGCCGUGCCCAUGGCCGGUGACUACGAGCACAACGACUACCCAGUCUCUACUCCCGAGUACCCUGCGUACCCCGCAUACACUCCUACUCCGGAACACCCUUCCUACCCCGUGAGCACCAGCGAGGUCGAGUACCCUGAGUACCCAACAUCCACCCCCUGCCCUGAGGAGGAGUCCAGCACUGUGCCAUCGUACCCCGUUCACACCCCAAGCUCAAAGGCGCCUGAGUACCCUGUCUACACCCCGAGCAGCGUGGCUCCUCCCUACCCAAUCUACACGCCAUCCAGCGAGGUUCCCCACUACCCCAUUUACUCCUCGUCUGCUCCUCCUCACUACCCCGUAUGGACUCCUUCUUCCAGCGCCCCCGGCUACCCAGUUUGGGACUCCUUCUUCCAGCGCCCCGGGCUACCCAGUUUGGACUCCUACUCCUUCUUCCAGCCCCUGGUGAGGAGACCAUCACGGUUACCAGCACUAUCCACAAGCCUAAGCCGUCUGCUCCUCCCGCUGAGAGCCACCCGGCACCGCCUGCGUACACUCCCGUUCCCCUUCCUUCGGCUUCCGUCCCAGCGCCUCCUCCUCCUGCGCACAACGUGACUUACAGCGUGCCCCCUCCCCCGGCCCAGGAGACCCACCCAGCACCGCCUGCGUACACUCCCGUUCCUCUGCCAUCGCCAUCCACCCCUGCACCAGUCGAGAGCAAGCCCGCUCCUCCUCCUCCUGCUUCGGUGCCUGCGCCCCCGGCCUACACUGCGGUUCCUCCUCCCGCACCUCCCGCGUCUGUCCCGGCCCCGCCAGCUUCAGCUCCUCCCGCACCUCCCGCGUCUGUC